GCUCCGUUCCCGCCGCGGCGAGGAGGCGCCUCAGCGGCAGCGGCCGCUUCCGGAGGCGGGAGCGUGUGUGGGGGGAGUCGAGCGCCGCUGCCCGUUGCUGUGGCGUGCGCGGCGCCGCCAUGUCCUACUGCAGGCAAGAAGGAAAAGACAAAAUUAUAUUUGUGACCAAGGAGGACCAUGAGACACCAAGCAGUGCUGAACUUGUUGCAGAUGACCCAGAUGACCCUUAUGAAGAACAAGGCUUGAUAUUGCCCAAUGGAGAUAUCAAUUGGAACUGCCCGUGUCUGGGUGGAAUGGCUAGUGGUCCUUGUGGGGAGCAGUUCAAGUCAGCCUUUUCUUGUUUCCACUAUAGCACAGAAGAAAUAAAGGGAUCAGACUGUGUGGACCAAUUCCGUGCCAUGCAGGAAUGCAUGCAAAAAUAUCCAGAUCUUUACCCUCAAGAAGAUGAAAACGAAGAGAAAGAGACAUCUAGCAAAGAUUUGGAAGAUACUCCUGUGGAGGCUUCUGUUGCCAAAGAAGAGAAAGGAUCUAGCUAAUGAAGAUGCAAGGAGGCUGUUGUCUCCAUUUCUCAUUUUCAGAGGCAUGGACUUUUGCAGUAUGUCUGUCUUUUGAGUCCUCAAGAAAUGUUUCACCAUUGUUCUAUACACUGUAUCAUAGUAAGUAAUUUAUUGUAGAAGGCGAAAUCUCAGUGCUACAACCUUGCAAAUAAAUACUGCAGAAAGAACCAGUAUGUGUGUGUGCUGUGUAAACUGUUACCGGACACAGUUAAUACUUUAACAGCUGUUCUCACACCUCAAUUUCUCCUUGAGUUUUGACUUGAAUAAUCUCUUUAAAUAUACAUAGCUGUCAGCAAAAAUUUUGGUAGUGCACCAGGUCUGUAUUCAUUUCAGUAUGCUCUGAUCAGUAGCUGCUCUUUUGUAAUGUAUUUCUGUUCUGUUAAUAGAAAUUACAUUAAAUGAUUGUUUCUCCUUAAUAUUUUUUUUUGCUAGAAUGAUACAAGAUGUAGUAAACAGCCUAAAUCUAAAAUUUGUAAGAUAAUUUCAAAUGGUAUGAUUAGAUUUGGGUUGCAUUUUACUACUGACAUCAGGUAAGGACUGCCAGAAAAACAAUGACGUGUGUGAUUCCUUUGAUUUCGCUUAUUGUGAUGGCUUUUAACUUUUGAAAAACAAUGUCUUGUGCAACCACUGCUAUAAAUGAAUAGAAAGAAUGUUGAUCACUGGCUUUAUUUUUGUUCUGAAAGCACAGUUUUUCGUUUCCCUUAGUUAAUGCCUACUCCUUCAGUGUUUAAACAGGCUCAUGGAAAAUACUUCGAGAAUACAAUGAAAAUGUUACCUGGUGUAAUGAUCUCAAAACAAAUACUGUGACUUAAGUGCAUAUUAAAAAAACAAAUACUUUUUACCUUCA